AUGAAGUGCACGGGCGAGAGCCCAUGCAAGGCAUGCCAGUCCACCGGGCGCACUUGUGUCUACCCGUCGGCCUCAGAAGAGAAGAUAACGAUCUCUCGGGCAACAUAUCAUGACCUACAAGCAAAUGAGAACUUUUUGCGAGCAUGUCUCAGUGCACUUGUGCCGUCCACUCAAGAACGCACGGAGUUAAUGAGGCGAGUACGCAAUACUCAGGCCACCACCACAUCUCAAGCCUGCAAUUCGGGGACGAAAGUGGACUUCGACCCGCAAGCGCCAUACCUGGAAGAAUUGGCGGACGGAGGCCGCUUUCUAGCAGAUCCGGAUGGCCAGAGAAGGUUCAUUGGGAAUGCCUCGGGCGCAGCGUUUUUGGAUCAGCUUCGAGAAUUCUCAAGCACUGUCCUACCACUUGUCUGUGGAAAGAAUGGCACUCUUCGCCACUCGCAGAUUCAAGACUCCUUUUCAAAUCUACUGGGCAGGUAUCAAACUCACGACUCGCGACCUUUGCACCUACCUAUAGUGGACCCAUAUUAUUUGCCACCGAUCGAGGAGACCCAGAGAUGUCUGUCCUUAUUGUCCAGUACGAUGCUGGGUGCGGAUGAAGUAAGUAUAUUCUACUGGGGUCCCUUAAUCGAUGUCAUGGCACAGGUUUAUUCCAAACAUGCCGCCAAAGAAUCCGCUGAGUAUCGGAUUCAAUUGGGUACGCUUAAUGCUGCUCUUGCCCUUGCCGCACAGCAAUCUCCCUCUAGGGCUCUGGACUCAGAGACCGGGGACACUUAUUUUGCUCAUGCUCGAUUCCUACUUGGGCCGCCACUGGAGUCGGCGACUCGGAUGCACAUUCCUUGUCUUGCCAUGAUGGGCUAUUAUCUCUUAGGUGCCAAUAGGCGCGAUGCAGCCUACUCUUAUAUCCGGCUGGCCGGCCAUAUUGCCGUCACGUAUGGCUAUCAUCAAAACUGGAUAACGAGUGAAACGGAAAAACGAGAAUUUUGGACAAUCUACGCACUAGAUAGAUUUUUGAGCUGCCUGCUGGGUCGACCGUCGAUGAUAUCUGAUGACGAUAUAAGUGUUGACCUUCCGCGAGAGGUCCAGGGUCUUCCAGCAGCUUCAGGGCUGACACUGCACGUAAACCUCGGUCGGAUCCUCGGACGUGCAGUUGAGAAAAUCUACGGAUUCGGUGGCCGGGGCUCGAGACACCCUGGCUUAUCCCAUAUGCACCACUUCCUGGAUGAACUGGAUCACUGGCGCUCGCAAGUGCAUCCCUCUCUUGGUAUUGAUCGUUGCUUGGGAGCGGAAGCGCCUCGGGAUCUUCUGACUUUGCAUAUGGCAUCUAACCAGGCCAGAAUACUUGUCACGCGACAACUCAUGUUUUCAGCCGUUCGACAGAACGUGGCCCGAACUUUCCUGCCAAAAUCUGCCAGGUUCGAGCCACCAGACCAAUAUCUCCUCAAGAUCUGCACGGAAGCAGCAUCUGAAAAUGUGAAAUUGACGGACCGACUGUUCGAGAUUGUAAGCUCGGGUUUGUCGGCCUUUGGGAUGAUCGAUUAUCACAAUGCGUUCAAUGCUGCGAUAAUACUUGAGCUUGGCUGUCUAUGUCGACCGAGCGGUACGUCAAUGAAUGCCAGUCCGCAGAUCGGCCAUGUCCUUGACGCCCUUCAGCAUGCCGCCUUCAAUGGCAAUGAUUUCGCUCGAGAUUGCUCUACUGUGCUAGCAGAUUUUCGUCAGUUGUGCGAAAGAUUGAUGCAAGAGAUGUCGCGGAGGAUAUCAACAAACACCAAUCUCCCGCCGCUGGCACCGAGUGCUGAAAUUUCCUGUGACAUGUCCACUGGUUCCUUUGAGAUAACAACUUCUCCGAUGAUGGGAUUUACGCUGGAUGAAUGUCUAAGUCCAGGACUCGACUUUGACAGAGUUCUGGAAGAAUUCAAUCACUGGCUGGAGGAUGGGCCCUUUUGA